AUGUCCUCUACACGUCCCCCCCUGACCCGCAACUCAACUUCCCCCGGCUCCUUUAUGGCUGCCGGGACCGAGCCCUGUCAUCACCCGAUGACUAUACCUGCGCAAGCGGAUCCCAUACCCGCGCGUAUGGCUCUCCUCCCAUCAGACCUCCUCUCCCAGCGCAUCAUACUUUCCUCACAUGGUCUCCGCUCGUCCAACCCAUCCAACCCAGACGGGCCCAUAGUAUCCAUUCGAGGCUCCCGCUCUCCCACAGAGGACCAGCGAGCACAGCCGGACAUACAGGUCUCCCCCUCCGCCUACUCUCUCGUCGCACACAUCGGCAGAGGGUUCCACCCAGAGUGCAUCACCAUAUCCGCAAAGAAAGGGAACGCAUUGGUAAUAGUCGCCGACAGAUGGGACAUGGAAAAAGAUUGUCGAUACGAAUGGGUCUGGAGAUUCGAUCGGGAUGCUGACAUGUCCUCGGUCCAUGCCAACUAUGACUCGGGCGUACUAAGAGUAACUGUGAAGCGCAUCCCCGGAUAUAGAUUAGGCAACCUUUAG